AUGAGGGGCCUCCCAUGCUCACCACUGCCCGUAUUGCUGCUCCUUCUCCAGCCCUGGGAAACCCGGCUCCAGUUCGAAGGUCCCAGGUGCCGCACUGGACCCCUGGAUUUGGUGUUUGUGAUCGACAGCUCGCGCAGCGUGCGCCCCUUCGAGUUCGAGACCAUGCGGCAGUUCCUGGUGGGCCUCCUCCGCCGCUUGGACGUGGGGCCCAACGCCACGCGCGUCGGCGUGAUCCAGUAUUCGAGUCAAGUGCAGAGCGUCUUCCGGCUUGGCGCCUUCUCGCGCCGCGAGGACAUGGAGCGCGCCAUCCGCGCUUUGGUGCCGCUGGCGCAGGGCACCAUGACGGGGCUGGCCAUCCAGUACGCCAUGAACGUGGCUUUCAGCGUGGCCGAAGGCGCGCGCCCGCUGGAGGCGCGCGUGCCGCGAGUCGCGGUGAUCGUGACCGACGGGCGGCCCCAGGAUCGGGUGGCAGAGGUGGCGGCGCAGGCGCGCGCCCGCGGCAUCGAGAUCUAUGCGGUGGGGGUGCAGCGCGCCGACGUGGGCUCCCUGCGCGCCAUGGCAUCGCCCCCGCUGGACGAGCACGUCUUCCUGGUCGAGUCCUUCGACCUUAUCCAGGAGUUUGGCCUGCAGUUCCAGGGCCGGCUGUGUGGAAAGAACCUGUGUGCUGAGGGGGGACACGGCUGCCAGCACCAAUGUGUCAGCUCCCCUGGCACCUUCCACUGCACCUGCAAUCCCGGCUACCAGCUAGCAGCAGAUCUCAAGGGCUGUUUGGUCAUUGAUCACUGCAGCUUUGGGAAUCACAGCUGCCAGCAUGAGUGUGUUAGCACCCUUGCUGGGCCAAGGUGCCGCUGCAGAGAAGGCCACGACUUGCUACCUGACGGGAGGAGCUGUCUUGCUCGGGACCUUUGCAAUGGCAUAGACCAUGGAUGUGAGUUCCAGUGUGUGAGUGACGGCCUCACCUACCGCUGCCUGUGCCCUGAUGGACGGCAACUCCAGGCAGAUGGCAAGAGCUGCAACCGGUGCCGGGAGGGCCACGUGGAUCUGGUUCUGCUGGUCGAUGGCUCCAAGAGCGUGCGCCCUCAGAACUUCGAGCUGGUGAAGCGUUUUGUGAACCAGAUCGUGGACUUCCUGGACGUGUCCCCCGAGGGCACGCGCGUGGGGAUGGUGCAGUUCUCCAGCCGGGUGCGCACCGAGUUCCCUCUGGGCCGCUAUGGCACCGCGGCCGAGGUGAAGCAGGCGGUCCUGGCUGUGGAGUACAUGGAGCGCGGCACCAUGACUGGGCUGGCGCUGCGCCACAUGGUGGAACACAGCUUCUCCGAGGCGCAGGGCGCGCGGCCCCGCAUCCUCAAUGUACCUCGCGUGGGCCUGGUCUUCACCGAUGGCCGCUCCCAGGAUGACAUCUCAGUGUGGGCUGCGCGCGCCAAGGAGGAAGGCAUCGUCAUGUACGCCGUGGGCGUGGGCAAGGCAGUGGAGGAGGAGCUGCGCGAGAUCGCCUCGGAGCCCCCAGAGCUGCACGUGUCCUACUCCCCUGACUUCAGCACCAUGACGCACCUGCUGGACAACCUCAAAGGCAGCAUCUGCCCGGAGGAGGGCAUCAGCGCCGGGACAGAGCUUCGGAGUCCCUGUGAAUGCGAAAGCCUCGUGGAGUUCCAGGGCCGCACGCUGGGGGCGCUCGAGAGUCUCACUCAGAACCUCGCCCAGCUGACGGCGCGCCUGGAGGAUCUGGAGAACCAGCUGGCCACCCAUAUGUGAGGCCCGCGGUGGCCCGGACCGGGCAGGGGUGAGGCCCCGAGGACUAUGCUCCCUCGUGCGCCAUCGGGGCGCCAGGGCGGGACUGAGCCGGAGCCCCUUGGGCUCGGGCUGUCGGGGACCAGGGGCUGGCGGGUUCCCAGCGCUGAGCUGGCCUCGCCUGGAUCACAAGCCUGACUGCGGAGGACCGGGGACGCGUGCUAGAUCCGCACGCCCUCACCGCUUGCUUCUCUGCUCUCAGUUCUUUGUUGGAUUUCUUGUUUGUUUGUUCGUUUGUUUUCUUUUUCUUAAAAAAA